AUGUUGGGUGCCUUGGGCUGGAUCCCGUUGUUGUUUGAGCCAUUGGCCGACUGGUAUAUUCCACCUAUACAGCCCCAAGCCCGAUUACGGCCCGAGAAUAGACCUUGGCAAAACAUUAUCACAGGCGUAUACGGCCACCCACCCCUGCUCAAGAUCCACGACCGAACCGGAGAUGUCAAAUGGAGUUUUCGCCGGGAAGACGUCCAUCAGGAUCUCCCUCCGAAUAUACAACGGUGUUUGUGGGGAGGUGCAAAUGAUGCGACCGACAUGAAGUACAUGCGCGACGGCACCAGUGUCGCUGCCAUAUACAGUGAUCUCGUCUUGGUCGUGAACCACACCCCGGAUGACUCAACCCGCGAUAAAAAAAUCACAUGGGCCACCUGUCGCGAUAAUCAGUACCUGUGGAAUGCUCACAGCGUCGAACCCCUUCCUAAUGACCUCCUCGCGGUCUCCACCACCGGUCAACGUCCCUGGGAUGGUAUUCUCGUGUAUAACGUCAGUCUUGAUAAUCCCCUCGUCGAUGACCCACCUGUCUUGCAGAAUAUCACAGGUCUCCGCGCCAUCCACGGCAUGAUCUGGGAUGAGCAGGGCCAGAUGCUCUGGGCGACUGGAACCAACGCCGCUGCCGAUGGAACAGAUCCCGUUCCAGCCUACGGUACCAUAAUAGGCUACCCGUUCGAUGCAGCGACGGGGGAAUUGAGGAAAGAUGACCGGUACAUCUACCAUCUCCUCAAUGCGUACACCAUCGAAACUGAAUGGGGUAAAGGAUACCCGUGGUGGGCCGGGCCGCAUGAUCUCGUUCCCGUGCCAAAUCAGCGCAAGUUUCUCAUCUCAGAGGAUCGGGGCUUGCACGCCUUUGACAUUGAGAAGGGCGAGUUCUUCGCCGAGUAUCAAGAUGUUCAAGAUAUGUUUAUGCCGGGCUUUGAGGUAACGACCGAUGACCGUCACGGUAUAAAUCACACGGGUCAGUUUGAGGAGCUGCCACAGUCAGAUCUGAAGAGUUUCAACCUGGCGCCGGAUGGCAGCUUUAUUUAUGUGCAGUCGCUCUGGACCAAGUUCCGUGGCUUCCAUACCAGUUUGGUAGUAAACGGUGUGCGGCGCAAGAUCAACUUGGGCGAUGAGAUAUAUCGGUCGCGCUGGUUUGCCGACAUUGAUGGAUGGCCUAAGCCAAAGUAA